AUGGGAUUCCCAAAAUUCUCUGUCUGCACACAUGUGAUUGCCGAUUUUAUCGAUCCGACUUGCUUGGAAUCUCCGUCCGGGGCUGGAAUUGGAGCACGAGCAGAAGCUACCUCUCCAUGUAGCUCUGCUAUGAGCCAGGGAGCUGCUUUUGCUAAUUCGGCCGGUCGGCAGUUGUAUGACGACGUAGUCGAGGCCCUGGCCGACAGAAAAUUGCUCGUUUCUUCAGAAUGGCUAUUAGCCUGUGAGCAAGCUGGCGGUCGCCGUCUACCCGAGGUUGAUUUUCAGCCAGUUGCUAAAACAGUAGCACCAGUUUCUGGACCUCUUCCAGCUGCUGUUUCACAUUCUCACGGACUGCCGCCGCAGCAUGAGCGUGGUUCGGAAACGAAGCGGCGCAAAUUGGAUUUAUCUAAUCGGCCAGAAACUCUGGAGGCAGAAAGACAGCUUUUGGAUGGGAUCGCAAAACCAGGCAAGUGGCUUGAGUAG